AUAUGGGCUCCGCUGCCAAAUGAUGCGAAUAUCCCUUUAGACAGUGACAGCAACUUGGCUAAAAUGGGUGCAACAACCAAAGGUGCGUUUUGGGAAGUCAUCUCCCAAGAACACGGCAUUGACCCAACUGGUGCCUACGAUGGGGACAACGAUGUGCAGCUGGAGCGAAUCAACGUAUAUUACAAUGAGGCAUCUGGUGGUAAGCAUGUGCCCCGUGCCGUGUUGAUAGACCUGGAGCCGGGCACCAUGGACAGCAUUCGAGCCGGUCCGUUUGGACAGCUCUUCCGACCGGACAACUUCGUCUUCGGUCAGAACGGGGCAGGCAACAACUGGGCAAAAGGACAUUACACCGAGGGCGCUGAGUUGGUGGACAGUGUGGUGGACGUGUUGCGUAAGGAAAGCGAGUCCUGUGAAUGCUUGCAGGGUUUCCAGCUCUGUCACUCUCUGGGAGGCGGGACCGGAUCCGGUAUGGGCACUCUGCUAAUCUCGAAGAUCCGGGAAGAAUACCCGGACCGUAUUAUGAACUCGUUCUCCAUAAUGCCCUCGCCAAAAGUGAGAAUUCAUCUUCAUUUUACAAAAAAUUAUUACUGUAGUCUUAUGUCAAUAGUUUUUUGUUUCUUAUUUUCAAUAGAUCGUUGGAAUACUUCGAUUCUAAAUCACUUUGGAAUGCAGGUUAACCUGAGUCCUGGUGAACAUUUUGUUGUAUACACUUUCAUUUUAUAUGAAAGUUCAUUCCGAAGAGAUUAG